CGCACAUACGCACACUCACACACGCACUGGCUGGGGCCGCCAGCCCCUGCUCCCCCGCCCGCAUCGCUCCAGGGCGGAGUUUCCUCCUCUGCUUAUUGUUCGCGGCCCAGCGCCCGCCCAGCCGCCGCCCCGCCCGACCCCGCCGGCGCUGUGGGCGAGCUCCUGGGGGAGGGGGCGGAGGCCAGCGCGGACGGGACGGGGCGGGAGUCGUCGCAGCAGCGCGCGCGCUGGGCCGCAGCCGCGCAGACACCGCCCAGACCGCAGCCACCUUCGCUCCUCGCUCUUGGCUCCGCGCCCCAGCCCAGAUCUGCGGCAGGCAGGAGGGGCCGCCGGAACGCGACUCCGGAGUUCGCGGCUGCAGCCAGGCCUCCCCAAGCAGCGCCGAAGCUCCGGCCACGCAUCCGUGCGUCCCUGCGCCAGCGCCUCAGCCACCUGCUCCGAGUCCCGGGACGAGGACAACCAUGGGCCCCACUCUGGCGCUCCCCGCGCUGCUGCUGCUGUUGCUUCUGCCGCCGCCGUCGCUCUCCCAGAAUAAUGCAACCGAGAAGGUCGUGCCUACUACAGGGCAACCUGAAGUCAAAACAACUGUUUCUGUAGACCAGAGUAACCAAGGCCCUUCGACAACAGCGGCUACGGCUAGCACAGUAUUGACAAAAGCCACAGCUGUUAACUCAGAGACAGUUCCAUCUUCUCCAACCCAGACAACCACGGCUCCUUCACCCAGAGAAGCAACGGUGCCAGGCCAAUCUCCAGGGCCUACUACUACAUCGCCCCCAGGCUCCGCUGACAGUCCAAGUGUUGACUACAGUGGCUCCCAGAGUAACAAAAUGAACACAGGAAGGCCACCCAGUAAUAGCUCCGAACAGCCAGUCCCCUCCGGAGGCAAGAGCAGUGACAAUGUCACCACAGCCUCGCCAGCCACUCAGGGGAGUGACCAGAUCACCACUCUGGCUUCCCAGACUCCCGACCCUUUAGUGGCCGCCACGUCUUCUCUUGCCUCCACCACAGUCAGCACAGCAAGCCCUCACUCGCCUCUCGCCACUCCUUCACAGACCACAGGAGACCAUUCUACCGUUGUUCUCAACAACAGUUCUGGCCCUGUGUUCAGCCCUCCUGACUUCUCUGUGUCCCCAGGGAAAACUACCAUGCAUGCACCGCUGGGCUCCUCCAAAGGGACUCCACCCACCACCAUCCAGACGCCAGGAGUCUCCACAUUGCCUGUAUCCACACCACGGCAGACUACAGGGUCUCCCGUGGGAACCGAGACCGUGCCGACCGCUGAGGAGUUCACCCAGUCCAGCUCUCACUGGCCUCCAACAGCCCCUCAGGGCCCCAGCACAACCUCUCUCCCCUGGACUUUGAGGAAUUACAAGCUAAAAUGUGAAGCCCCCAUGAUGCCCAGUGAGGAAUUACUCAUCCUGAAUCUCACCGGAGCCAGCCUUUGUGAAGGGAACCCUCCAGAUGAGAAACUCGUGGAAAUGCUGUGCCACUCGGUCAAAGCCUCCUUCAAGCCAGCUCAAGAUCAGUGCACUCUGCAGCUGGCGCCCAUUCUCGGCAGCCGGGCAGUGGCAGUGAAAAGAGUCACUAUUGAGACGAAGCUUCCUCCUAAAGUCGUGUAUGAGCUAUUGAAGGACAAGUGGGAUGAUCUGAGAGAGGCUGGAGUCAGUGACAUGAUGCUGGGGAGUGAAGGGCCACCGGAAACCAACGAGGACCGCUUCAGCCUGCCGCUCAUCAUCACCAUUGUCUGCAUGGCGUCCUUCCUGCUGCUUGUGGCUGCCCUCUACGGCUGCUGUCACCAGCGCAUCUCCCAGAGGAAGGACCAGCAACGACUCACAGAGGAGCUGCAGACGGUGGAGAAUGGUUACCAUGACAACCCAACCUUGGAAGUGAUGGAGACCCCUUCUGAGAUGCAGGAGAAGAAGGUGGUCAACCUGAAUGGGGAGCUGGGGGACAGCUGGAUCGUCCCUCUGGACAACCUGACUAAGGAUGACCUGGACGAGGAGGAGGACACACAUCUCUGAUGAGUCUGCCGGCUAACCAACAGCACUGCGGAGCUCCAGACCACCCAAAGUGCCAUUUGGACAGGGGGAAGCUUCCCACUGGAAGAGGGAGAGACUGCGGAGGGAGAGUGGACUCCGAGGCUUGCCUCCUCCCAAUCCCCGAAGGGCCUUAAUUUUUCCCUUUUCAAGCUCAACAAGUCACAUUCUGUCCAGUUUCCUCGUGUAAAAUAACCACCCCACUUGUGCCUGAACCCAGAGCCGCUGGAAGGCGAGAGGAAGGUGGAGAAAGCCACGAGAGGGGCUUUGGGGGAGCCUCUAGUGGUGACAUCCUCUCGUCUCAGAAGUGAGGUGACAGAGACGGAGAGGUCAGAUGAAUUGCACAGGGGUCACACAGCCAUUUGGUGUCAAAGAUUGUUUCCCUAAAUGGUGCGGGACUGCACCGUAUCAUGCCACUGUGUUCCUUUGUGCUUCUUCCCAAGGCAGGAGGGUGGGCUGGAGUGAGAAACAGGCCAUGGUGGUCUUAAAAGGACAGGCCCCAAGUUCCCAUGUCCUAUAAUACGGCCUCCACUAGCUUGUUGUAUCCCAGCUCCCAUGACUCAGCCUUUAGUCCCACCACCUCCCAGGGCACGGCUUUGAGCCUCCUGUGCUGGAUUCUGUUUCCUCUUUCUUUUGCUUAGUGAGAUUGGGACUUAGCACACACAGGCCUCACCACCCAGUGGCGCUCUGCGAAGAGGUGGAUGGGCAGGCAGAGGAAGGGAGCUCAUGCCCAGAAGGCUUCCUCAUGGCAGCUGACCGUGUACUGACACUGGCUCAUCACCCAGGGCGCUCCUUCUAGAAGAUGCGCCUCAAGAUGCCUUCCGGCCUUCUGCUCCCACUAGGGACAAAUCUGCAGUACCUACUGAAAGCAAGAUGUCCUCUAUCUGUUUCUCACUGGUCCACUGAAGGGGUGGUCCCCAAAACCCAGAGUCAGAGCAGUGGUCUAGGGACAGACACAGCUGGGGACCCUGACUGGUCCCUGACUGGCAAACAUGUCUCAGUAGACAAUCAGUCUAAAGUACCAGGUGUUAGCGUUCCACGGGAAGCUCGGGGACUUGUCAAGCUGCUGAGCAUUGUGCUGUGUGUGCGCGUUUAGUCCAGCUGCCCACCACCCAGGGCCAAAGCUCAGGCACUGGAGACGCUGUUAGCUGUGUCACCCUCCUUCGCCAUGGAGAAAGGCGGGCCCAGAACAUGCAGUUUUAAGGUGCCUCUGCCUCUGCCCACUCUCCCAGCACGGAGCCAGGCUUUUGUUUCCUGUGGUCUUGGUGGCACCCCAGCUGUCCUGUUUCUGGUGGCAUCUCAGGGAGGCACAAAGCCAUGCCUGGUACCUAGCACAGGAUUUUUACAAGCUCAGCUGUCAAGCGGCCAUGUAAAAGGCUGCUGAGGGCAGGGACUAGCAAGGUUUCAUCUGGCCUUCUGAGAAGCUGGAGUCUGUGGGGAACUUCGAACUUGGUCUGUUUUGUUCUUGGGCACGAAUUCCCAUGAUCCACUGUUUGUUCUGGAGAAGCUUAAUUUUAAAAGGAGCUAGGGGGAGGACAGGCGUCCUCUGCCUAACUCCACCUUGACAGCCAUCACCCUGUGCUAUUCCCUAGGGAGAAAAGGCUAUCAAAUCAAGGCAGGCUCAGUGAGUCUCCCAGGCGCUGGAAAGAUGCUUCUCUCAGAUGGCAGGGGAGGGUAGAGAGCAGUGCCAGGGAAAUUAAGGCUUUUUGUCACCAGAGGGUUCGCUCUGUCAUAGUCUGUGUGAGAGGCUACUUCAGGGUCACAGUCACUGGGACAAGGCAUUUGAUAGACAGAAAAUUCUCUUUCUGCAAAAUGACCAAUAUUGCAACCCCACAGCCUCUCAACUACAAGAUUAGAAAAAGGCUAUCUGGAUUGGAGGAAUGGCCAGGCUGCUCCAGAGCUCCUUGUUGUGUGUCCAAACUGUGUUGCCUUUUAGCACUGGUAUCUGGCCUCAGCUUGUUCUUACUGCUGGGACAGCUGUUCAACAAGACACAGUGCUAGCAUCUAUAAACGUCAUCUUCCUUUGUUUUUACUGGGCUUUUAGAGCUGUCAGUUAAUUCAGAGUCUCUGGCCGAGAAAAGGAAGAGGAAGGGCUCUCAGCAAGACUGCAUUCAGCUGUACCAAAGAGAAAUCAGAACUCCUCACUCAGUGACAGAUGGUUUUCCCAGCUGCAAACCCAAGGGCCUGGUGAUUCUGACUGACCAAAUCCAGUGGCGGCGGCGGCUGCUGCUCCGUGAGGUGGAGAGAAACAGCUAAGCAGUCUGCAUCACAGGCAGGACCCAGGCUCAUCAGGGAGACUCAGGCCUUCAGGCUUCCUCGAUAGAGGGAGCUAGCAGGCAUCUGGAGCCAUUUUAUUUUAUUUUUUUUUAUGUUUUAUUUUUGCCCCCCUUUGGACAAUACACUGUUGAAACUUUGAAAAAUGAAUUGAAGUUGAAAGGAUAUAUACAUAUUUUUGACACUGUAAAUCCAAGGGCCACAUGUUUGUUUACCCUGUUCUACUUUCAGAAAGUAAAUUUUGGGAAAACAUUUGAUAACUAAGAGCCUUUUUUUUCUCUCAACAAGAACGUAAAUGUCUAUUUAGUAGAAAUGACUUUUUAAAAAGGAAAAACAAAACAGGCUGGUAACAAAAGUAUUUACCUUGUAGAUAGGGCAUUUUAAGUUUUAAGAUGUGGUCCUUGCUCCUCCCCAGCCAAGUCUUAAUCCUACAGUAGUAUGGGCUGGUGUUCACAAUGUGCUUAUGGCUGACGGUGACAGGGAAAAGGUUUGGGAGACACAGUUCAGUCUUUCUACAGGAAAACACAUCCCAAGCCACAAAGUAAGCAAAUGGCUCAAAACCAACCCAGGGACAGGACAAGAUUAAAACAGGCAUCCCAGACUGCUCACCCUGUGCUUUGUAUUUCUCAAGGACAGAGAAUUUAGGACUGCAACUCACAGGUACAAGGUCAACACAGGACACCACCAAUCCCUCCCGCACACUACCCAGGCAAUGCUGGGGAGGACACAAGGACACCCAGCCAUGUUGUUGGGCUCUGGAAUCAUUUGGGUCCAAGAUGUAAAUACACAUUUUUGGGGGGUUGUUUUUAAAAAAAGCUCGCUGAGGAAUGUCCAGUAGAACAAGGAUCAAAGGGAACACUAUUGAGCAGGCAGAGAAGGUGGGAGAAACCCUGUGGUGGAGUUUUUGCCAUUGUACCUGCUGAUUCCCUCAGGUCUGCUGAGAAGUCAACACCGAGCCCGGCCGGAACACUGUUUCACGGGGCCUUUCUGUUUCUUAGUGAAUGUCAGGCAGCUUGCCCAGGAGACUGGGGGAGCGUGUAUUUUAAUGGACAGGGGUCUGAAGUACACUGGAAUUUAUUGAGAAACUUGUUUGUAAAGACUAUAGUUAACUACUGCAUUUUCUUAUAAAAUAUAUUUUGGAAAAUUGUACACUGUCAAUUAAAAUGCUUUUGUGUUAAGCU